UGCACAACCUCCUUCUGUAAGCCUGUUCCACUUUAAUCCAUCUGCACCUUCAUCUCCUGAUUAACUGCAGCUUUUCCUGUUGUAGCUGUGAACAGUUCUGCGGUGAAAAAUGUCCGAAUUUGAAGAGUUCGAGAAACAGCUGAGCGAAAACAGGCAAGAGAGAGAGAAGGAGAGGCACAGGAAAAGGAGCUGGAGUGGGGACAAACAUCACAGCAGAGAAAAACGCAAAAGUCGUGAUCGCAGGAGCAGCUCCAGAGAUCAUAAAAAACACAGUCAUUCUCCACGGAGAACAAGAAAGAAAAAAGCAUUCAAAUACUGGGAUGUUCCUGCACCAGGAUUUGAACACACCACACCGCUGCAGUACAAAGCUAUGCAAGCUGCUGGCCAGAUCCCCAGCAUAGCUCUGCUGGCUACAUCCAGUAUAGCAGGAAUGGCUGUGACAGCAGCACACGUGCCUGCUGUUGGCAGCCAAAUGACCAGACAAGCGAGACGUCUGUAUGUUGGCAACAUACCAUUUGGAGUCACAGAGGAAUCAAUGGCAGAGUUCUUUAAUACUCAGAUGAGAUUUGUUGGACUUUCCCAAACACCUAGCAACCCUGUGCUUGCAGUGCAGAUCAAUCAGGAUAAGAACUUUGCCUUCCUUGAGUUUCGAUCUGUAGAGGAAACCACACAGGCCAUGGCGUUUGACGGAAUCAACUUUCAGGGGCAGGCACUGAAGAUCCGGCGUCCUCAUGACUAUCGACCUCUGCCUGGCAUUUCUGAGCAGCCUGCUUUUCAUGUACCAGGGGUUGUAUCCACAGUUGUACCAGAUUCUCCCAAUAAACUCUUCAUUGGAGGUUUGCCGAACUAUCUUAAUGACGAUCAGGUUAAGGAGCUUUUGACAUCAUUUGGACCACUCAAAGCCUUCAACCUUGUCAAAGACAGUGCUACAUCACUGUCCAAAGGCUAUGCUUUCUGUGAAUAUGUGGAGAUUGGUGCCACUGACCAGGCAGUGGCAGGGCUGAACGGAAUGCAGCUUGGUGAUAAAAAGCUCAUCGUCCAGCGUGCCAGUGUCGGAGCAAAAAAUGCAAAUUCAACUGCGAUCAUAGAGAGUCCGGUGAGCCUGCAGGUUCCAGGGUUGCAGAGGCUACAGAACUCUGCCAUGCCCACCGCAGUGCUCUGCCUCCUCAAUAUGGUGCUCCCCGAAGAGCUGCUUGAUGAUGAUGACUAUGAAGAGAUCCUGGAGGACGUCAGGGAGGAGUGUUGUAAAUACGGGAGAGUGCGUUCCAUUGAGAUCCCUCGACCUGUCCAUGGAGUGGAAGUGCCUGGCUGUGGGAAGAUAUUUGUGGAGUACGGAUCAGCAGCAGACUGUCAGAAGGCCAUGCAGGCUCUUACUGGACGGAAAUUUGCUAAUCGUGUCGUAGUCACCAAGUACUACGAUCCAGACUUGUACCACAGACAUGAAUUCUGAAAGAUGCCAGGAGGACAAGCUGAAUGUUCAGAUUAUAGUUUCUGACAGACAGGACGAAGAAGACAGUUUUUACUUUCACACAUUUUGUAUUACGUACAGGGUUGAUGUGAGUAGAACAGUGUGAAAAUAUUUGAGCAACAUUACAUCAUAAAUAACAAAUUUCACAACAGAUUUUUUAGAAUUCAUCAUUUGAUAAGAUUAAAUGUGUCAGAAUGUAUAGUUUCUGUUAAAACGGAAACCUAGCUGGUUUUUCUAUCAUUAUUUCCACUGAACUAAUUAUAUUUACAGAAGACAAAUAAUAAAAUAGUUAACUUAUAUGUAUUACGUCUUAUUCAGGCCCAUAUUCUUCAAGCCUCACAGAAUCACUCUUAAAGUGUAUUUAUUGUGAUGAAAUAAUUGUGGGAAUGUUGUGAGAGAUACUGUAGGUACUUAAAAGAAUUUAAUUGUUCUAAAUUUAUUGUUACGUGAUGGUACCAGAUCGUCCCAUCUUCUCUCAUCCUAACAACCCAACAUGGCAAAGAUUUUAAGCUCUAGUGAUGUACAUACCACGUAAAAUCCAAGAUCGGUCAAAACAGCUUUAACCCACUCAUUAACCACAUUUAGGCAGUCUGGUACAUUUCUCUGAAGCUGAAAGGUGUGUGCUUUGUGUCUAAAUUUACUCAAACAUUAUCCCAGACUUGAGAGACCACCCACAUUAGUAAUCGUGGUGGACAUUUUAUUCUAAGUAGGAGCAGAAGUACGUAGCUGUGAUUUUUAUGAUGCUCGAUGAAUAUUGGCUCAGAUCUCUAAUGCAGUAAAUUCAUUGUGUUUUGUUGCAGAUUAAAACCUGGUAUGAUUCAUUUGUAAAAGCCAAAAUGCCAACGAUGCUGUUAUAUGUCAGAUAAAACAUUUGCUGCUUCUUAUAUUUAUUGAAAGGGGAAAAGAAGUGUGUUUGUAUGCGUAUUCAAAAUCUACUAAGAGUGUAAAUAUUGAAUUACAGAAAGACUCACAAGUAUAUGUGUGUGAGAAAAAAUAAUUGUAUAUAAUUGUAUUUAUACUCUUGAUCAGUAUUUAUUAUGAGUAUUUUGCACCUCAAGUUUAAAUCAGAUUCCAGAUUUUGUCAUGCUUCAGUGAGGUAUGUAGAUUUGAGCUGAUUGAAGUAAACACUAAUAGAAGUUGCAACAGAGAAACCCCAGCAAUUUACUUUAUUCAAGUCAUAUUCAUGUUAUACAUCAUGUUUGAACUAUGAUACACUCACAUUAAACAGGCUACACAAAUAAACUGAGAAUCUGCAAACCUUAAUCGUGUUACAACAAAACUGUUCCAAAAUUAAACAAUGCA